GAGAGGCGAUUAAUUGGACCUCAGUUGUUCAGAAAGUGGACGAUUUAAAACGAGGAACUAGACCAAAAUGAGUAACUGCAAUAUCAGUAUCACACCCGGAGUUCAAGUAUUCCAGAUGGUGACAACAAUACCCACGUUUAUUCUGGGUGUUAUUGGCAAUUUAACUUUUCUAAUCUUCUUCUGCUGGCGACGUGAGGACGGCUGGAACUACAUGAAGGUGUACCUUGGGAACAUUGCUGUUGCGGACUGCCUUGUCUUGAUAUCCUUGCCAUUUAAGAUGUACUCCUACUAUCAUCCAUGGAAUUUAAAUCCGGAAUUCUGUUUGUUUCUAGUGUCCACUUAUUAUGUCAACAUGUAUGUGAGUAUCUUUACUAUUACCGCAAUAAGUAUUGUCCGUUUUGUGGCCAUCAGGUUUCCGAUGAAAGCACGUACUGUCCUGUCACCUAAGAAAGCCUUGGUCGUGUGCGUACUGAUUUGGAUACUUAUCUGCUCACUUAGUGCUAAUUUCCACUAUGUUGAUAAACCCCAAUCCAAUACAACCGAAUUCAGGUGCUUUCAGAAGAACAAAGAAAAGCCUUUACCUCUCUCUUUCGUUCUUGUGUUAGACAUUGUAGGUUUUCUAUUGCCAUUCUUUGUGAUGAUGUAUUGUUCCUGUAAUGUGAUUCACACAUUGGCCAAACAACUGGACAUUGGCCUUCGUCGAGAGAAAAUUCGGAGUAUUGGAAUCGUGACAGUUAAUCUGAUGGUUUUCGGCGUGUGUUUUUUACCUUUUCACUUUGGAUUCAUGUUCAAAUUCAUCGUUGAGACGUACUACCCAUCGGACUGCCCUCUCCAGUUGUUUGCGCAUAACUUUGUUCACACUGCCACCUGCAUUGCGAACUUCAACUGCUGUCUGGACAUCUUCAGUUAUUAUUUUGUCACUCAGGCUUCGUGGAACAGGUGUCGUCCUUUCAGAGGAGCAAAUUCGACCAGUAAUUCAGUCAUCUGA